AUGUCAGUAAAUGAAAAUUUACCAGUAAUUUGGAAUGCUAAUAAAGUUCGUGAUACAUUUUAUGAUUAUUUUAAAUCAAAAAAUCAUACUUUUAUUAGUUCAUCUCCAGUAGUGCCAUAUGAUGACCCUACUCUGUUAUUUGCGAAUGCUGGUAUGAAUCAAUUUAAAUCAAUUUUCCUAGGUACUGUCGAUCCUACUUCAAAACUUUAUGAUUUAAAGAGGGCUUACAACUCACAGAAAUGUAUUAGAGCCGGUGGGAAACAUAAUGAUUUAGAAGAUGUUGGGAAAGAUUCUUACCAUCAUACUUAUUUCGAAAUGUUGGGAAAUUGGUCAUUUGGUGAUUAUUUUAAAAAUGAUGCAAUUGUAUAUUCCUGGGAUUUGUUAACAAAUGUUUAUAAAAUUCCUAAGGAUAGACUUUAUGUUAGUUAUUUCGAAGGUGAUGAAAGUCAGGGAUUGGAACCAGAUUUUGAGGCAAGAGAUAUCUGGCGAUCGGUCGGAGUACCUGAGGACCAUAUUGUCCCAGGUAACUUAAAGGAUAACUUCUGGGAAAUGGGGGAAGAAGGCCCUUGUGGACCUUCUUCCGAAAUACAUUACGAUAGAAUUGGAGGUAGAAAUGCAUCCCAGUUAGUUAACAAAGAUGACCCUAACGUUUUAGAGAUUUGGAACCUAGUUUUUAUUCAAUACAAUAGAGAUUCUGAACGUAAAUUAAAGGCAUUGCCAGCCAAACAUGUUGAUACAGGUAUGGGAUUUGAAAGAUUGGUGUCUGUUCUUCAGAAUGUUAAUUCUAAUUAUGAUAUCGAUCUGUUCACCAAAAUAUUUAAACGUAUACAGGCGAUUACGAAUGCCAGAGAGUAUACUGGAAAAUUUGGAAAAUAUGAUGUAGAUGGUGUGGAUACAGCUUAUAGAGUACUUGCAGAUCAUGCAAGAACAUUGACGUUUGCAUUAACAGAUGGUUGCAUUCCAAAUAAUGAAGGUAGAGGGUAUGUUAUAAGACGUAUCUUAAGAAGAGGAGCUAGAUAUGCUAGGAAAUAUAUGAAUUACUCAAUAGGUGAUUUUUUCUCUAAAUUGAUACCUCAAGUCAUUGAAGAAAACAAAUCAAUUUUCCCUGAAGUUUCAAAAGAUUUCAAUUAUAUUAAAGAAAUACUAGAUGAGGAAGAAGCAUCAUUUGCUAAAACAUUAGAUCGUGGCGAAAAGCUGUUCGAAAAAUAUGCCUCAGAUGCUUCUAAACUCGAUUCAAAGACCUUAGAUGGCCUGCAAGUAUGGAGAUUAUAUGAUACAUAUGGAUUUCCUGUUGAUUUGACAGAGUUGAUGGCCCAAGAGCUGGGAUUAAAUAUUGAUGUUCCUGGAUUUGAAAGAGCCAAAAAGGACUCAUAUGAAGCUUCCAAGAGGGCAUCAAAGAAAUAUGAUAUUGACUUGUUUAAGUUAGAUGUUCAUGAUAUCUCGAAAUUAAAUACAGAUGCAGUUCCUAAAACAAAUGAUAAAGACAAAUACGAGACUACUGAUGUAAUGGCUACUGUUCUAAGAAUUCAUGACGGAUCUGAGUUUUUAGAUGUUGCCGCAGAUAAAGAUAAAAAGUAUGGUGUUAUUUUGGAUAAAACUUGUUUCUAUGCAGAGCAAGGUGGUCAAAUAUACGAUAACGGUAAAUUAAUAAUUGAUGGAAAAACUGAAUUUAAUGUUGAAAAUGUACAGGAGUUUAACGGAUACAUUCUUCAUAUCGGAACUUUAAUGGAUGGAAAACUUUCAACUAAUGACAAAGUUGUCGCAUCUUUUGACGAAUUAAGGAGGUUUCCAAUACGUAAUAAUCAUACUGGGACACACAUUCUAAAUUUUGCAUUAAGAGAUGUUUUAGGGAAAGAUGUGGAACAAAAAGGUUCAUUAGUAACUCCCGAAAAGUUUAGAUUCGACUUUUCUCACAAGAAACCCCUGACACUUGAUGAAAUCAAAGAAAUUGAGAUGAUAUGUGAUACCUUGAUUGUCAGUAAGAAACCUGUCUUCUAUAAAAAUGUCCAGCUAAAUGAAGCCAAGCGUAUAUCAUCUAUCCGUGCUGUAUUUGGAGAGUCUUAUCCCGAUCCAGUACGUGUGGUUUCCAUUGGUCAACCUGUUGAAAAAAUUUUGGAAGAUCCUACUGAAACAAAUUCAUCAGAAUUUUCAAUUGAGUUCUGUGGCGGAACACAUGUAGCUAAUACUGAAGAUAUCCAAAAAUUAGCAAUAAUAGAGGAAACCGGUAUAGCUAAAGGUAUCAGAAGAAUAACUGCUGUAACUGGUCCAGAAGCAUUUAAUGCUCAAAGAAUUGCAGAGCAGUUCAAUGGAGAACUAGAUGACCUGAACUCACUACCAUUUUCUGACGCAAAGGAUAAGAAGAUCAAAGAAUUAGGAUUUAGUCUAAACCAAUCUACUGUCUCAGUUUUAUCUAAACAUUUAUUAAGAGAAAAGUUUAAUAAGAUAGAAAAAAAAUAUAAAGAAGAAUUAAGGAAAAAAAAUAAAUUAGAAGCUAAAGUAAUUCUUGAUAAAGUGCAAGAGUAUUUUAACACCAACAAAUCGUCCAAAUUUUUUGUAUACGCAUUCGAUAUACCUGCAAAUUCUAAAGCAAUUACGGAUGCCAUUAAUUAUAUCAAAAAUUCUAAUAAUGAUAAAUCCAUCUAUCUUUUAAGUGGUGAUAUAAAGGGUAAUAAAUUAGCACAUGGGUGUUACUUGUCUGAUGAUGCUAUUUCCAAAGGCAUAGAUGGAGAAGAAUUAGUUAAAGUUGUCACAACACUAAUUGGUGGUAAAGCUGGUGGUCGUAAAAAUAUAUUUCAAGGUGUCAGCACUUACAAUGAUAAUAUAAAUGAAGUAAUUGACAACAUUACUAAAAUAUUCUCUGAAAAACUAACCUAA